AUGUCGCUAAUAGAAAUGCCAUCCAUUCUCUUGCUUCUGCUCUUGGCUUAUCUCUUUGUGCAGCCAUGCAUACCUCACAUGUCCCAAUCCUCCAACAACUUUACUGAUCAAUCAGCUCUUAUUGCCUUCAAAUCUAAAAUCACUUUUGCUCCAAACGAUACUGCCUUCACUGCUGCUGGUAACUGGUCAACAACAACAAACUUCUGUGAGUGGUUUGGGGUCUCUUGUAGUCGACGCAGACAAAGAGUCACGGCCUUGAACCUUUCCUACGUGGGUCUCCACGGCACCAUUUCCCCUCAUAUUGCCAACCUCUCCUUCUUAGUUUCACUCCAGCUUUCUAACAACAGCUUCUAUGGUUUUCUGCCUCAUGAGAUAAGUCGUCUACACCGCUUGAGGGAACUUAUCUUGUUAUUCAACCUAUUGGAAGGUACUAUCCCUCCAACCAUACAUAAUUGCCAGAAGCUUGAAUAUUUAAAUCUUUAUGACAACAAGUUAAGUGGUGGCAUACCUAAAGAGUUGGGCAUGUUACUUAUGCUUCGCAUAUUAGUCAUUGGCUCUAACAGUUUUAUGGGUGCAAUUCCAUGGUCCCUCGGCAAUAUGUCGUCAUUAAAGAUUUUGGAUUUGGAAUACAAUAACCUCACUGGUACAUUCCCUCUUGACAUCUUUAACUUGUCUUUUAUAACGGUUAUUGCUAUUUCAAAUAAUCACAUCUCAGGAACUCUUCCGGUGAAUCUUUGCAAGCAUUGUCCUAAUCUUCAAGGACUGUAUAUUUCCUAUAACGAAUUCAGCGGUAAGCUUCCCUCACAGUUUAAUCACUGUAGAGAGCUUUCAAUCUUAUCUCUGUCAGCCAAUAAGUUUGAUGGAAGUAUUCCAAAAGGUUUUGGGAGUUUAGAAAAUAUUGAAAUUCUUUACCUAGGAAAUAACAACUUAACCGGAAAUAUACCUCCUAUCAUAAGCAACCUGUCGAUGUUAAAAGAGAUUUCCAUUGGCCAAAACAACAUUAAAGGUAGCAUUCCAAGUGAUUUAUGGCGUCUCCCUAAUCUGAAUAUUUUACAAUCUUCCAUGAAUGAUCUCACCGGAACAAUACCCCAAAAUAUUUUUAACAUUACGUCUCUAAAAAAGCUCGACUUGACUGCAAAUUCUUUUUCUGGAGAUCUUCCAUUAGAUACUAGAAUCUCUUGCCCUAAUCUAGAAAUUUUGACUCUUGGUUUAAACAAAAUCAGUGGUCAUAUCCCAUCAUAUCUUUCAAACUGUUCCAACCUCAUCCAAGUAGAUUUUGCUUCAAAUUUACUCUCUGGGCCAAUACCCAGAAGUCUUGGAAACUUGAAAUUUCUCCAAAGACUUAGUCUGGCUGAUAAUCAGCUGACUGGGGAGCCUGGAGAUCAAGAGCAUAGUUUCCUUACAUCUUUAGCUAGUUGCAGAUUUUUGGAGCUGAUAUCCAUAACCCUCAAUCCCUUGAAUAUUACAAUCCCGGAUGCCAUUGGAAACCUUUCAGUUUCACUUAAAUACUUUUAUGCAGGUGUAUGCCAAAUAAAGGGUCAAAUUCCAAUGGGAAUGGGUUCCUUUAAAAACUUGAACGCGCUUGAAUUGACGGGUAAUAGUUUGACAGGAAAAAUACCGUCAUCAUUUGGGGGAUUGGAGAGCUUACAAAGAUUGCGUCUUGGCGACAACAAGAUUGAAGGUUUCAUCCCAAGACAACUUUGUAAAUUAAAGAAUUUGGGAGAAUUGAUUCUCUCAAAUAAUGGCCUCUUUGGAUCCAUUCCAGAUUGCAUUGGAAACCUCAAUCUUUUGCAAAAAUUAUACCUGAGUCAUAACAGGCUAAUAUCAUCAAUCCCAUUGAAUUUGUGGAGUCUUAAAAAUCUAAUAUUCUUGGAUUUAUCAAUGAAUUCCCUUGUUGGAUCAUUGUCUCCAAACAUGACAAAAUUGGUUGUUAUUGUAGACAUGGACUUGUCUCGUAACCAAAUUACUGGAAACAUUCCGAGUAUCAUUGGUACUUUUGAAAGCCUUAGUUAUCUAAAUGUGUCAAUGAACUCAUUCCAAGGAGACAUUCCACAAUCUUUUGGACAAUUGAAAGGAUUGGAAAAACUAGAUCUCUCAUACAAUAAUCUCUCUGGUGCAAUUCCCAAGUCUCUUGACGCACUUCCAUAUCUCAAAUAUUUGAAUUUGUCCUUCAAUGACUUAUCAGGAGAAAUUCCAUCUGGUGGAACUUUUGCAAACUUCACAAGGAAGACAUUUUUAGGUAACGAAGCACUUUGUGGGAAUCCAAUUUUUGGAGUUCCACCUUGCACAAGUUCGAGUUCUCGAGGAUUAAAGGUGAAGCAACUUUUGCUCAAAUAUAUUGUACCUGUCAUUGCAUCAUUUAUAAUCUUUGCAUCACUUGUCAUUAUGCUGAGAAGACAUCCAAGAUGUAACAUACAUAUUCUAGGUUUACCUAUCACUUUGCCUUCUGUGGAUUAUAGAAUGAUAUCAUAUCAUGAGCUUUGUUGUGGGACGAACAACUUCUGUGAAAGCAACUUGCUUGGAACUGGAGGUUUCGGUUCUGUGUACAAAGGGACACUGUUUGAUGGGACUAUUGUUGCUGUCAAAGUUUUAAAUCUGCAAUUAGAGGGUGCUUUCAAAAGUUUUGAUAUUGAAUGCAUGGUGUUAAGGGCAAUCCGACAUAGGAAUCUAGUUAAAGUUAUAAGUACAUGCUCCAACACGGAGUUUAGAGCUUUGGUGCUGCAAUACAUGUCAAAUGGUAGCCUGGAAAAGUGGUUAUACUCUCACAACUAUUGCUUGAAUCUUGUUCAAAGAGUAAGCAUUAUGGUUGAUGUUGCAUUAGCAUUGGAUUAUCUCCAUAAUGGUCAAUCAGAACCUGUGGUUCAUUGUGAUUUGAAGCCAAAUAAUAUCCUCCUGGAUGAAGACAUGGUUGCACAUGUGGGUGACUUUGGCAUUGCAAAGAUUUUGGUCGAAAAUAAAGACGUAACACAAACCAAAACCCUUGGCACUAUUGGCUACAUCUCACCAGAGUAUGGUUUUGAAGGGAGAGUGUCCACCAAAAGUGACAUUUAUAGCUAUGGGAUAAUAUUAUUGGAGAUGAUCACGAGAAAAAAGCCCACCGAUGAUAUGUUUGUUGGAGAACUUGCUAUGAGGCAAUGGAUUUUAUCACUACCUUACAAAAUGGAAGUCGUGGAUGAUGGUUUACUUAGGAUAGAAGAUGGAAGGGAUGUAACUUUCAUGCAAACUAUUCUGUCAUCUAUCUUUGAAUUAGGCUUGAGGUGCUCUGAAGAAUUACCAGAUCAAAGACUUGACAUCAAAGAUGUGGUGGCCAAGGUUAACAAAAUCAAAUUGGCACUUCUUGGAAAUAGAAAUAGGGGUAUUUGA